AUGGUCAAGGACAACAUCGCUGGUCUCUCCCCAGCUGAGAGAACCGCAUGCCCAGCGGAAGGGCUUUGUCCACGAGGCAUUGCGGAUGGUGAUCGACUACGGAUUGAGGGUGUUGGGCCUGGUGGAGGUCCGCGUCCGGACGACGCCGAGGGAGGUGUUCACGAGGACGUUGAUGGAGAAGAGAAAAGGGGGCCCAAGUUUCGACGGGCCGCUCCGAUCAUUGAUCCAGCCACUGCGCCCAGAAAUAAUCCUGACGGGACUGGCGAGACGGGCUCUGCAACAAGAUCACCGCCCAAGAAUGAGCGAUGGAGGACACAGGACUAUGCUCUAGAGGCGGCCGUGUGGGCACGGAAGCUGUCCUGGAUAAUCAAUGAAUAUCACAACCAAUCCUACAGCGUCUGGCCCGUUAUCAAGUCCGACGUGCUGCUCGACCGGCUGAGCUUGCCAUUCGAUGCCAACACCUACUGUCUAGCGGCCGCCCUCUGCGCUGCCACCAUGGCCCAAUUGAAUCUCCCUGCGGUAGCGGUUGAAGAAGACAAUCUUCUGAUAGACAGCGGCUAUCUGGCGAGGGAGUGCAUUCGAAUCCGGGAGCAGCACAGCUAUCGUGAGCAUCUCGACGUGCGGAGCGCUCUGGCUUCUUUCUUCCUGCAUGUGUACCAUGCCAAAGUCAACAAGAGGAAUUCUGCCAUGAUGUUCAUCCAGGAAGCGAUAUCGUCCGCGAAACUGCUUGGGUUGGACCGCGACAAUCGGGCGCUGCAGGAGCCAGCGGGAGAUGUCGUCGACAAUGGCGAAAUCUUGUUCUCUUUGCUGUGGGUGUCUGAGAGAGGAUACGCUAUGCAUCUAGGUCUGUCCCCGUCUUACGCGCAGAGUUUCUGCGUCCCGGUCAUCGAAAGCUCCCCCAACGUCCAUGUCCACGGUCUUCUCGAAUUGGCCAGACUUUUUGCGACAUUUGACCAGUGCUCGGAUGCCAUGGUAUCGGAAGAAUUGCUCAUCGCGUCCGAGACCGCACUGCAGGGGCUGUCGAUGAACGCUGAGAACGCCGCCUUGAGAGUGGAUGAGGACGAUUAUCUGGCAGCGCGCGCUGUCUCUGGGGUUGCUCUCGUCGCGGGCUUCGUCGGCAUUGAUGUCUUUUCGCUUUCCUGUCCAGGUCAGCCGGGACCUGCUGAGUGCGCUGCGGAGUUUUUCAUCGGAGGAUCUUCUGCCUUUGGGGCGGGAUCAGCUGCUGAAGUGCUUCGAGGUCGCGAACGCUCUGGCGGACACGUUGCUGUGCAGUUCCGCAUUGUCGGGGAGUUCCACGCUUUGUUUUGGGCCGCAUGA